AGUCGGUGGCGUAGAUGCAUCUGUAAAGUUGGUUGCCAACCGACAUUUAAAGACCACUGAAGAAGAAGCGUAAACGGAAGUGAACAGGAAAAAUGUACACGUUAGCGGUUUUUGUUGUUAUUUAGACGUUUAUUAACAUCCUGGAACUCAAUAUGCCCCAUUAAACUCCACGGCAUCACCCAUUUACCCCAUAUAGUGUUUAAUUCGCGUUUGAGACAGGACUUGGUUGACCGAUGUUAUCUCGGAAACGCGGACGUUAACUAGCUAGCUGCUAACAAUGGCUAACUGUAUUGCUGUUCACACUCAAAUAGCCUCCAUCAUGGAGGUGCUAGCGAAUGCAGCCGUGGCAGAGGUCUGUAAACUCGUAGACGACGACUAUGCAGUGUUUCGUUUGGAAAUAACUCAAAGCCAGAAAGAAAACAGGUCAUUGCGGAGGAAACUACAGCUACUGGAACUUAAGGUGGCACGGGACCGCGUCCUCACGAGUCGUCCCAAGAUCCUCGACCGAUACAGAGGAAUGGCAAGAGAUCUCACUGGAGGCCACAGGAGCUUUGUGAAGCAAGUGGGACACAAUACAUGGAGCGAAGACCAACCAAUCACUGUUGAUGAGGGGAGUGGAACCUCAACCCAGCACGUAAUUGUGAUAGAGUCUGCAGAUGCAGAGGCUGCAGGUCCUGGGGUCAAGCAGGAGAGGUCUGAAGGAGAGGAGGACCCAAGGCACAGCAGAGACAUCCAGACUGGUGCGGCUGGAAAGCACCUUGUAGCCACCGAGGACCUCGCCACCACUGCCGCACCCCAGGCCUGGACCCAACGCAGCAUCACAGAGGAGGAGGAAGUGCUUCUGGUGAAGGAGGAGGGUCUGGGGAACCCUGAGAGGACCAUGGUCAUGGAGGACAACCAGACUACACCUCCCCCUGAACCCACAGAGGAACCAACUGAGCAGCACAGGACCACACACAGUCUCACUGAGUCAGUAGACAUGGAGGAUGGGAAGCCUGAUCUGCUGAUAGUCAAAGUGGAGACAAUAGAAGAUGAACCAGAGAGCAUUGACCUGCUGAGUGGACUAAAGAUGGGGGAGCAAGUUGGUUGGCUGGAGCCUAACAAGGGAGGCUGGGCGGACAUCUUGGAUUCCCAGCCGGGCGCAGCCAAAGGCUCAGGGGACCAUAUCACUGAGCAGGGCGAGAUAGUGGAGUCUGCAUUCCAUGAAGACCAGCUGAUGCCCGAUGUUGCUGACGGGAGAGGCUGGACCUCUGCAGCGGCUGGUCACAAACAAUGGCCACGGAUCAGAACCCUGGAUCAGGAGCCGUUGCUCUUCCUUCCCGAGUCGCAACUAGGACCCAACCGUGAGGGACAGAGACUCCACCACCACACAGAACACAACCAGUGGACAGGUGGACUGAACAACCCCAGUCCUGGUGGUCAUCAGAGAGGCAGAGACUCCAGUCUGCAGCCCAGACCCUUCUCUUCACAGUCUCAGUGCAGGGAUGGAGCAGGGCCUGGUGCUGAUAGAGAUAGACCCUCCUGUUCCUAUGAUACAAACACCACAGUAUCCAUGAUGAAAAGAUCCGGUCACCCUGGGCUUCAGCCUUCUCAGAGCGUGGUGGGAGAUGCUCCUUGUGGUAGUCUUUCAGGAAGUCUGUCUUCAGAGUCUCGUCUAAUGCCUGGUGACUGGGUUCAUAGAAGACCUGGAUCUGGGUCUAGCCUUCCUCAAUUACCUCAUGGUUACCCCACCAAUACAGACAGGGUCAGGAUGGACGUUCACCACGAGAAGUACCUAGCCUAUAACACAGCACACAAUCCCAACAACACCCAAACAAUGGCUAGAGGUCAAGGAGGGAGCUCAAAGACCAACCACCUGAGGGUGGUGGCUCCUGCUUCUACCUCCUCUGGUAUCAUUGGGUCACAACGUGUAAGGCCGAGCAUUAGGACGGACGCCGACAAGCCGUACGCCUGCCUCACGUGUGGGAAGCGCUUUGCUGAGGCGAACUAUGUGAAGAAGCACCAGACUGUUCACACUAAGGAGAGGCCCUUCAAGUGUAAGCUGUGUUACAAGAGCUUCUCCUUCCAGAAUAACCUUAUCAGACAUAGGAGUGUCCACAAUGGGAAAAAAUCGUAGAAGUGUGUGAGAUGUACGCAGGGGAUAUCUGGGAACCAUUCUUUAGUUGACAAACACUACAUGACCAAAACUAUGUGGACACCCCUUCAAACUAGUGGAUUCAGCUAUUUCAGCCGAUUGUAUACAAUCGAGCACACAGCCAUGCAAUCUCCAUAGACAAACAUUGGCAGUAGAAUGGCCCGUACUGAAGAGCUCAGGAACUUUCAACGUGGCACCAUCAUAGGAUGCCUUUCCAACAAGUCAGUUCAUCAAAUUUCAGCCACGAGCAACAACGGCUCAGCCACAACGUGGUAGGCCACACAAGCUCAGAAAACGGGAGCGGCGAGUGCUGAAGCCUGUUGCGCUUAAAUUGUCAGUCCUUGGUUGCAACAAUCACUACGAGUUCCAAACUGCCUCUGGAAGGAACGUCAGCACAAAUACUGUUCACCGGGAGCUCCAUGAAAUGGGAUUCCAUGGCUGAGCAGCCGCACACAAGCCUAAGAUCACUAUGCGAAAUGCCAAGCGUCAGCUGGAGUGGUGUAAAGCUCGCCGACAAUUGGACUGGAGCAGUGGAAACGCUUUCUCUGGCGUGAUGAAUCACGCUUCACCAUCUGGCAGUCCAAUGGAUGAAUCUGGGUUUGGUGGAUGCAGGGAGAAUGCUACCUGCCCAAAUGCAUGGGUUCCAACUGUAAAGUUUGGUGGAGGAGGAAUAAUUGUCUGGUGCUGAUGAUUCUGUGCUUCCAACUUUGUGGCAACAGUUUGGGGAAGGCCCUUUCCUGUUUCAGCAUGACAAUGCCCCUCUGCACAAAGCAGAGGGGCAUUGUCAUGUAACUGGGCACUUCUAAUGUAACUCUAUGGCAGCACCCAAGGGGAUUGAAUUUUCGAGCUCUACCCUAAGAUUUGCCCGUGACGUAGUCUCCAUGAGUGACAGAACAUGAGCCAAUCAUGGAGCAACUAGAGAACAUUACCAACCCCUACUCUUCAUAUUUUCAGCUGGCUGCCCCACCACCAUGCCCCACCACCACAGAAAGCACUGAGCUAGGCUGAAACACCUGCAUUUUGGAGCUGCCUUGCUCAAGAAAGCAAAAAAAGAGACCAUGUUUGUAUGUGGGCAUUAUUAACUCUUUUUUUUUUUGCAAACAAUGUAAAAAUAAAAAUUUAACUGAUA